CAUUAAAGUAUAUAUUUUAAGAGCAUUUUUAUUUUAUUUAUACGCCAAAUUUUGGGAUUCAAAUUAAAUCUACUUAAGAUUGAUUGACAAAGGACGUGAUGGAGAUCAACGACCUCAGCUCAUCACUGCCUCAGCGCUCCGCGCCGUACGUACAUGUGUACGUACGUACGUAUUUCAUGUAUUUCCAUGUAUUCUGCAUCAUGUAUGUCAUUUGCAUAUGUGGCUCGACUAGCAAUAUUUGUGCCCAACAAAGUGUUGCAAUAAAGCCCUGCCUGGAAUCUGAAGAUUUGGAUCAAUCCAGGGGAGACUUGAAGAGGGAAGCAUCCAGCCCUGGUGAUGAUGCUUGCAUAGUCUGUGACAUUCUGUGAGGACCGCUCAUUGCUGAAUUCGAUGCAAUAUUUAGUUGGCCAUCAGGAACAAGUAUUGCCAAAAAAUGAACACAAAUGUACAUGAAGCCUCCAGCUAGGUGACAACACUGACAGCAAAGUCCUGUCUGGAAUUUGAAGAUUUGGAUCAAUCAAGGGGAGACUUGAAGAGGGUAGCAUCCAGCCCUGGUGAUGAUGCUUACAUAGUAGCAUUCUGUAGAGACAGAUGGUUACAUCAUUAAUGCAGUAUUCAGUCGACAACCAAGACAAGCACUUCAGAAAAAUGGACACGAAAGGACCUGAGCUCAUCUGUCACCAGGAUGUCCACAAUGGUGAGAAACCAUUCGUUUGUGUGACUUGUGGUAAAGCCUUUACUCAGCGAGGCAGUCUCAACAAACAUCAGAAGGUGCACACUGGUGAGAAACCCUUCGUGUGUGCAAUCUGUGGUAAAGCCUUUACUCAACUAAGUGCUCUUAAACAACACAUCAGGGUUCACACCGGUGAGAAACCAUUUGUCUGUUUGACCUGUGGUAAAACCUUUACUCAGCGAGGUCAUCUUAACCGACACGAGAGUGUUCACACUGGUGAGAAACCAUUUGUUUGUGAGACUUGUGGUAAAGCCUUUACUUGCCAAAGUAGUCUAUGCGUGCAUGAAAGGAUGCACACCGGUGAGAAACCAUUCGUGUGUGCAAUCUGCGGUAAAGCCUAUACGCAACUAGGUACUCUGAAACUACACAACAGAGUUCACACUGGUGAGAAACUAUUUGUUUGUGGGACUUGCGGCCGAGCUUGUACACAGCUAAGUGAUCUUCGCAAACAUGAGAGAAUUCACACUGGCGAGAAACCAUUCGUUUGUACAACCUGUGGUAAAGCUUUUGCGGCAGUAAGUAGUCUUGGGGUACAUGAGAGGAUUCACACCGGUGAGAAACCGUUUGUUUGUGAGACCUGCGGUGAAGCCUUUACUCAGCGAGGUAAUCUCAAAAAACAUCAGACGGUGCACACUGGUGAGAAACCCUUCGUUUGUGAUACCUGUGGUAAAGCUUUUACUCAACGAUCUGAUCUAUGUAAUCAUGAGAGGGUUCACACAAGUGAGAAACCAUUCCAUUGUGAGAUCUGUGGUAGAGCCUUUAAAGCACAGAGAGAUUUACGUAAACAUGAAUUGAUACACACAGGUGAGAAACCAUUCGUUUGUAAAACCUGUGGAAAAGCCUUUACUCGGCAGUCUAAUCUAAUCAGACAUAACAGUGUCCACACAGGUGAGAAACCAUUUGUUUGUGAGACCUGUGGUAAAGCCUUUUCUGAGCAGACUGAUCUACGCAGACAUCACAGUGUGCACACUGGUGAGAACCCAAUCACUUGUGCAACCUGUGGAAAAAGUUUUACCAAGCAAAAUGCUCUAUCAAGACAUGACAGGGUUCACACAGGUGAGAAACCAUUUGUUUGUGAGACUUGUGGUAAAGCAUUUGCUCAGCGAGGUCAUCUUAAACGACAUGAGAGGAGGCACACUGGUGAGAAAGCAUAUGUUUGUGAGACCUGUGGUAAAGCCUUUACUGAGCGAGGUACUCUUAGCCAACAUGAGAGUGUGCACACUGGUGAGAAACGUUUUGUGACAACACAGACUGCGGCAUCCAAACUGGAAUCUGAUUUUGGAUCAGUCAAGGAGAGACGUCAGGACGGAAGGAUGCACGCGGGAAAGAAACCAUCCAUUCGUGUGACCUGUGGCAAAGUCUUGGCUUACCAAACUAAGCGACAGGAACACGACAGGGUCCACACGGUCGAGAAACCAUGCGUUUGUUCAACAUGUGGUAAAGCCUUUACUCAUCCAAGUGGUCUUCGCAAACAUGAGCGGAUUCACACUGGUGAGAAGCCAUUUGUUUGUGCAACCUGUGGAAAAGCCUUUACUGUACAUAGUAGUCUUCAACGACAUGACAAAGUUCACACUGGUGAGAAACUAUUUACUUGUGCAACCUGUGGUAAAGCCUUUACCCAACAAAGUAGUCUUCAACAACAUGAAAGGAUUCACACCGGUGAGAAACCAUUUAUUUGUGUAGCCUGUGGAAAAGCCUUUAAUUUAAAAAGUACUCUACACAGACAUGAAAGGAUGCACGCGGGUGAGAAACCAUUCGUUUGUUUGACCUGUGGCAAAGCCUUUGCUUACCAAGCUAAACUACAGGAACAUGACAGGGUUCACACUGGUGAGAAACCAUUUGUUUGUUCAACCUGUGGUAAAGCCUUUACUAGCAGAAGUGGUCUUUACCAACAUGAGCGGAUUCAUACUGAUGAAAAGCCAUUUGUUUGUGCAACCUGUGGAAAAGCCUUUUCUUGCCCAGGAUCUCUUUGCGUACAUAAAAGGGUGCACACAGGUGAGAAACCAUUCGUUUGCACAUCCUGUGGUAAAGACUUUACUGUACAAAGUAGUCUUCAACAACAUGAAAGGAUUCACACAGGUGAGAAACCAUUUGUUUGUGCAACCUGUGGUAAAGCCUUUACUGUACAAAGUAGUCUUCAACAACAUGAAAGGAUACACACUGGUGAGAAACCAUUCGUUUGCACAUCCUGUGGUAAAGCCUUUACCGCACAAAGUAGUCUUAAACAACAUGAAAGGAUUCACACUGGUGAGAAACCAUUUGUUUGUGCAACCUGUGGUAAAGCCUUUACUUCUCAUAGUAAUCUAUGCGCACAUGAAAGGAUUCACACUGGUGAGAAACCAUUCAUUUGCGUGACCUGUGGCAAAGCCUUUGUUCACCAAGCUAAACUACAGGAACAUGACAGGGUUCACACUGGUGAGAAACCAUUUGACUGUACAGCCUGUGGUAAAGCCUUUACCCAUCGAAGUGGUCUUCGCCAACAUGAGCGGAUUCACACUGGUGAGAAGCCAUUUGUUUGUUCAACCUGUGGUAAAGCCUUUACUCAUCUAAGUGGUCUUCGCCAACACGAGAGGAUUCACACUACUGAUGAGAAGCCAUUUAUUUGUGAGACUUGUGGCAAAGCUUUUACUCAGCAAACCAGUCUCAACAAACAUGGCAGGGUUCACACUGGAAAGACCAUUCAUUUGUGAGACCCGCUGUAAAAACGUUUUUCGUCAACCAAGUUGUGCGAAGACACAUAAACGGGUCCACAUUGCACCCGGUGACGAUAAGCUACAAUAUGGAUUUUGCAAACAUUGCCAGGAUGCUUAAACCUUUUACUAAUUAUUUCUACUCAGCUGAAUGACGAUUAGAAACUUGUUCCGACACACCUACAUUGUAUGUUCUGACACCCCUAUGUUCCGACUGCACAUACAUGUAUUCCUUUCCAAAACCCUAACCCUAACCGGGAGUAGCAUAAUCUUACGUGCGGGUUGUCAGAACAUGGGUGUCGGAACAUACCGGUAGGGGCGUUGGAACAUAGAUGUAGAGCAGUCACUAUUUGAGUAUAACUUCAGUCCUGGUGGUGACUGCUCUAUGUUCCGACACCACUAUGUUCCGACAACCUAGAUUGUGUUACUCCCGGUUAGGGUUAGUUUUAGGGUUAGGGUUAGGGAAUAUGUGCAGUCGGAACAUAGGGGUGUCGGAACAUAGAGGUGUAACCGUCCUGGUAGAUACAUGUAUUGUUUUUGUGUUUUUUAUUCUUACGAUCUUGUUUUACUCUGGCUCCCUUGACAUUCUUCACCAAAUCCUCCGUGCACAUACAUUGCACAUGUGCGUAGCUAGGGUGAAACUUCUAGGUAGCACCUGGGCUGUAUCAACUUUACUGAAUCCUUGUAUUGGGAGAUAAAGAGUUGAAAAGAAACAAUAUUGCAACUUAUUUCUUGUAGGCUGACGUAAUCAGUUUUAAAGUGUUAAUGUGUAAAGUUAAGAUUUGUUGUUCUACUUGUCAAUUUUCUUAAUUGUUGCCAAGUGUUCUGUGUUUGUAUCACAGAUUUGAUAUCCCAGUCUUGAAUAGUCUUGAUCUUAAUUUUAUUUUAGCUAACAGCAAUAUAUUCGAUGGGAUUGAGUAUUUAAUAUGUAUGCCACUUGUUGGCUGUUUUGGCACCUUUGCACAAACACCCUC